AUGGAAUUUGCACGCUUUCGCGCAGGUACCCGAGCUGGGGUGAAGGGCGGUCUCACCAACGCAAUCAUCGAUGUCGAUUGCUCAAUACUUGUAAUUCCCCCAACCACCUGUUCAGCAGCCGGAGCCAUCUGAACCGACUCGUGACAUCUUGUCUGAAAUUCUGUUUGUGCACUUGCACUCAUCAGUGUCGGCUACGGUAUGGCAUCUGCACCCUACGACCAGCCAGUGGGUGACCUAUGGUGCACUGCCAGACGAUCGAAGGCGGUCACGGGAAGCUGACAACGAAUACCACGGGGGCACUUGUGCUGGCACCACUGGGAGAACAUGUCCCAACUGGGACGAUUCCACAGACAACCGGAGGCUUGCGAGUGGUGGGGGGAUGGUUGGAAGUGUGGAAGACGCUGGAACGAUGCCGGGAGGGCAGAGGCAGAGGCGCAGCAGGGAGGGAGGGGAAGGCUUUCAGGGGGUGACGACGGUCAACACUUUGCAUCCUCAAAUGCCGUGA